CUGAUCAUUUUCCACGCAGACGUCCUGUUUUUGUGCCGCCGCCUGCACUAUCGUUUUAUCAGCAGCGCAGGAUUAGUCAUCGAACGGAGUCUAUCGGAAGCGGAUAAAGAAUACCGGUCUGUCCCGUGAUUGUUCGUUCAGUAUAUAAGCGCGAAGCCAUCACAAGUGAAUAAGCUAUACGCUACUAAGUGGUCUCCGAACAACACCAGUGUAUGCACCUGAGCCGCAUCGUCAGAAUGGUAGUCCGACACAACGCCAGUGGCUGGGACGAGUUCGUCAGGCUGGCCGAGAGCCUCGAGGGCAAGGGCGAACCGGUGCACGUUUUCUUCAAGGGCGACAAGGAUGAGAAGGGAGACAGUUGGUGCCCGUACUGUGUGAAAGCUGCACCGGUUGUCGAGGAAGCGCUGAAGUUGGCUCCGGAAAAUAGCCAUUUCAUUACCGUCGUAAUCGAUCGCCCGUUCUGGAAAGACCUGAACAAUCCCUUCCGCAAGGAUCCUCGGACGCAUCUGGUGUUCCUGCCGACGUUGCUACGCUGGAAGUCGCCCCAGCGUUUGGACGGCGAGCAGGUUUCCAACAAGGAUUUGGUCGAGAUGCUUCUAUCUGACGAGGACUAAAUCCGGUGGCCUUUUGGAGCGCAAAUCUCUUCGGCAUAAAACUUAAGUGGCAAGGUGUAAUUUUCGGUUUUGCUAAUGUAGUGUUGUAGUUUCGUAAUAAACGGCCACACGCUUUGUCUUUUCCGUCACAGCA